AUGGUGACGAAAGUUGUGGACAUUAUGAUGUCAGAUGGGGAAGACGGCGAAGAAGAUCGGAAAGGAAUGUUCAUUCAUACCUGGAUAGCAAAGCUUUUCUACAAAAUGAGGAAAUAUCUGCAUACAUUGGCCAUUUUAUUUAUAUUGAUUCAUGAAUUCCAGGAAUCCCUUUGCGCUGAUAUACUCAUUUAUGGAUUCCAUGGAUCUAAAAGUCACGUCCAAAAUAUAGCCUACAUAGGAGCAGCUCUAAUGAAACAUGGCCACUCGGUCGAUGUACUAACAUUCUCAACAGACUUAUUCAACAACGUGUACGCAGAAUUGGGUAUACACACUUUGAAACCAGUGAUAAUAAAUUUUGUCAACGAAGACUUUCUCUCCGACUACUACAACAAUGACAUGGCCCAUGACGUGGUUUUCAGGGAAAUCAGUGAAUCGCAUAGAGUAUAUUGUAAUGCAGUGCUCCAUCAAAAAGUAUACAUUCGAAAUUCAUUGAAAACCUACAACAUAGCAGUAACAGACUCUUUAUGUUACUGUUGCUCAAUAGUAUUAAAAUACGUUGGCAUUCCGUAUGUUGUUAUACAUACUGCGUUAGAUGUUGAAUACAUAACCGAUGUGGGUGCACCUGUAUCUUACUAUCCCAUUCAACGGACAACCAUGAUGCUUUCAGAUGAAAUGACGUUUUUAUCGAGAUUUCAAAACCUUUUAGCAUCAACGUUACCAAAUAACAUGGAUAUGUCAUAUGUCACGCUGCAGCACCAACACAACAUUACUCCAGAAAGACAUCCUUUUGAACAAGCAAUCCUGCAUCUUCUGGAUUUGAAAGAAUUAAUGCAGAACUCUGGCGAUGAGGGUGUCAUAGUGGUAGCACUUGGGACAUUUAUAACCUUUCUUCCACACAAAACACUUGACAUAAUACUCUCGACACUUGCCCGAUUUCCCCACGAAAUAAUAUUCAGUUACAGUGGAUCAACUCCUCGACAUAUUGGUGAUAACAUAAACAUUGUUAAAUGGUUCAACCAGAAUGAUGUUUUAGCUCAUCGGAAAACGCGAUUAUUCAUAACUCAUGGCGGAUUGAGCAGUUAUCGUGAAGCUAUGUAUCAUGGAGUUCCAAUGGUAUGCAUACCACUAAUGAUAGAUCAAUUUGACACUGCUGGAAAAAUUGUAUCUAACGGGGUUGGCACAUACGUCAAAAUGAAGUCACUGAAUAAUGAGAACUUGUACGAAGCCAUAGUGGAGGUGUUAUCGAAUGAGAAGUACAGUAACAGAGCUAAUCAGUUGUCAGCUGCUGUAAAAGAUGUUCCGAUGAAUGCAACAGAAACCGCCGUUUUCUGGAUUGAACACGUGACGAAAUAUGGUGCCAGUCAUUUGACUGUUCAUAGGAAGCACCUUUCUGUUAUAGAGUAUUACUUGCUUGAUGUUAUUGCAGUGAUAGUUACAAUCAUGUGUGUUGCAGGCUGGUCAUUACGCUGGUUCGUGACCGUGUUAUUGCGUGGUAUACGGCGUUAG